ACGGCGCGGCGGCGGCGGCAGAGCAGCUAUCGUCGGGGUGAACAUGGCGGAGACCGUACGCUCGCUCUUCGACUACAGGGAGACACACGGCCUGGACAGCGACGGGGAAGGCAUCAAACCGGCACCGCCGCUGCGAGGGCGCGGCUGUGGGAGGAAAAGGAAAGGGACGCCCGUGAAAGUCUUUGUCACACACACUGAGGAAGAGAGCGUGCCUGAACACAGCUUCAGCCCAGGUGAUCGUAAAGAAGCUGCAGAGAAUAGGCGACCCAUGCUGGACGGGCCUUUCUACAACACUGAGCCUGCUCCUCACAACUGCGGUCCAUUGGCGCAGGCCCAUGACAAAGUCCCCGCCGGAUCCAAGACCAGCUCCUUCUCAGCCUCCACACCGGCCCCAGCUCCUGCCGCUUCGUCGGCCCUGACUCUGACACCACUCCCUGCUCCAGCACCAGCCUACUCAGCCCGGGCCCCGUCUCUGACCCCUGCGUCCACGGCUCCAGCGGCCCUGACGGCCUCUGCUCCGGCCCCGACGGCCAGUUCGUUCCUGCCUUCCCCUAACUGCCGCAUUCGAGAGGUCCACUGCGGCAGCCAGGUGCGGUUGGUUGUCAUCGCUAUACGCGACAUCACCAAGGGCGAGGAGAUCACCGUGGACUACAGCCUGACAGAGUGGGGAGACAACUUGGGUUUCCGUGGUACUGUGUCUCCAGCACAACACGAGUGUAUCUCCGACACAGAGAAUAACAACAGUGUCAAAAAGGAGGAUGAGCCUCUCUCUCUGACAGCCCAACAGCAACAGCGGCAACAGCAGCAGCAGCAGGAGUACGUCACCCCCUCUUGGUCCCUCUCCCCCUCCUCCUCCCCCAUCUCCCACUCUGACGGCAGUGACUCAGACGCUGGAGACGAAGACAACGCCAGCCCCCGCGGGAGGGCCCUACGCAGGCGCAAGAAACGGCGUGGCGCUCAUUCAAAAAAAAAGACUCCUCACCGGACCCCGCCUGGGCGGCUGCCUGCAUUCUCUCCCGCCAGCAUUCCUCAUCACAACCGUCCGCUCCCUUCAUCCCACCCUUCAGCGCAGUCCUCCCCUCCCUGCUCCUCCUCUUCUUCCUCUUCAACUAAGCCCGUGUUCAAAGCUCCAGCUCCACUGGGCUCCAACACCAAAGGCAUCGUCAGCUUAAAUGUCCCCAGGGGAACAGUGUCCAUAGACUCCAUGCGCCAAACCUGUGAGCACUGCGGACGCCACUUCCGCUCCCUGGGUCGCCACUUGGAUAAGCACCACGCCCACCAGCCAGAAGUUUGUUCGGCCCUGGUGGAGCGCUACACACAGAUGCCCCGUCUGCACGCGCAGAACACAAACCCCACCACAGCUCACGCACACACGCUGCAGCACUCCAAGUCAUCGCAAGCCACGGGACAGAGCCACGACUCAGAUCUCCCACAGCUCGGCGUCCAGGACCUCUCCAUGCCCCCGCCCACUCUCACGGCAGCUAACCAAUCCCCUGCAUCCUCUGGAAGAAACUCCACCCCGCCGGUGCUGACGCCUCCGCGAGGACAGAAUGCUGUGCCAGUGUCUGUCCUAAAGCGAAGCCCGCCCCCAGUGGCCAUGACCCAGUCCAGCAAGGGAGCGAUGAGGAGGCUUCAGACGGAGAGACAGGAGGAGGAUGUGGAAGACCUGGAGAAUGAAGACGACGUGGAGGUCGUGGAGGUAAAGAGGCCCAAAGAGGAGGAGGAUGUCGAGGUGGUGUGCCCUCAACCCUUCAGCACCAAGUUGGCGAAAGAGAUGGAGCCACCUAAGGAGGAGGACGAGGAGGAGGAGGAUGAGGAAGACGAAGAGAAUGGAGUGAUGGAGGUGGAAGAUGAAAGUGGGACAGAGGAUAAAGAAAAGGACUUGCUUAGCGGUUCGGGGCGUCACCACAUGCUGCCCCUCCUCUCGUCCUUGUCCUCCCUGGUGCUGUACCUUCGUCGGCUGCAGCACUCGGCCUUCUUGUCCCUGUCCCGGCAGCUCCAAUCAGCCGAGGCCUGGCGCCUCCUCUGUCACUCCAGCCUGGCUCUCCUCAUCCUGUACAACCGGCGACGUGAGUGCGAGGUCUCCAAGCUGUCCAUCGCCGAGUACCGGGCUCGCAUCACCCCCCAGUGCCCCGUCCCUGUCCCGCUGGGUGCCCCACCAGCUCUCACUCCGUUAGAGGCCUCCCUGUCCCCCUUCGAGCGCCUGGUGCUCCCCCACCUCCCAAGAGUCGGGGUCCAGGGCAAACGUGGACGAGUGCAGCCCCUCAUCCUGCCCCCUCACUGCGAGCCCUGCCUGGAGCUCCUCCUGCAGACGCGGCAGGACGUUGGAGUGGACCCGGCAAACCCGUACGUCUUCGCCAGGCCCUACCACUCCCCUGCCACGCCACUGCGAGGCACUGACCUCCUCCGCAGCCUGGCCCGCUCAAGCGGCACCCGCAAUCCCCGCGCCCUGACCCAGACAAGGGUUCGCCGGCAGGUUGCCAUACUGACCCAGCUGCUGCUGCUGGGAGAAGGGGAGGAGCCCGGGCAGCCCGGAGGCAGCGCGGUGGAGAGGCUGGAGCACUUCCUGGAGAGGGAAUACCAUGUGACACAGAACUGUGCCGGUAUUGGCCAAGACCCAGGCCUGAUGGGCAGAGUGGGCCGAGUGGUGCUCUGCGGGGAGAGAGAUGGAGUGCUGUUCAGAGGAAUGAGCCUGAACCACAUCUGCCUGGAGCUGGAUGUUAUGUCGGGUAACUCUGCCGACUCCUACUCAGAGGGAGAGUCCGACGGGGAGCAGAUGAAGGAGAAGCCUGAGACGCCCGUCCCUGCUGCUGCCCCAGCUCCCGCUCCCAGUCCCACACCCACCCUGCUGUAUGUCAGAAAGGGCAAGAACAACGGGCGGGUGGGGCGACCCAAGAAGCUCAAGAGCGCGCAGCCACCCCCUCAGCCUCCUCCACCUCCAUCUGCAAACCGCAGGAGAGGCUCAGGUCAGCCCAAAUCAGGAAAGCGUGGCGUCCUGAAGCGGCCCUGGUCAGAGGCGGAGCGCGCGGCUGUUGAGGAGCACCUUACCCAAAACAUCACAGAGCUCCGCGUCCCCGCAAAGGCCGACUGCGAGCGCUGCCUGCAGCAGUGCCCCCUUCUGGUCAGCAACCACCGCGACUGGAGAGCCAUCAAGUUCUACUGCCACAAUCGCAUUCAGCUGUUGAAGAAAAACCAGCGGCGGGAAUGUGAGCCCCUGUCGCUCACUGUCUGCUGAAGAGAGGAGGGGGAGGUCCC